ACAAGGGGCCAUACUUUUUUUGUAGGGGAGUCGGCCGCUCUUUUCUCCAUUGCUGUCAUUAUAGUUAGAAGGAGCAAAGAUUGCUCGCGGUCUCCUCCCCUUAGCGGCUAGCUAAGGGCUACCGCAUUCACAUGUUCUCUUGUGGCGUGCCACCUGUUGACAACUCGAAACUGAACCCUCCUUAGGCAAGGUGAAAACUUGUUGGGUAUUUCACUAAUCCAGAUUAUGCAUCUACAACUUUUGCUUCUGUGAAAUGCAGCAGUCAUUAGAAUUGAAAUUCAAUAUGGCCGUCCUCCUCAAUAAGGCAGGAACAAACUUAUUGUGCAUACUUUCAUUCAUGCACCUGUAAGUUUCGAUUAAAGAGAGGGAGUCAUGAGAACUGAAAUAUGACUACCCAUGUCAUCGUCUUUUUCUACCUGAGGCUUCUCUAGUGGCGAAAGGAAAGCAGGAAGGUAGUGAUGCGUCCAUGCAGGAUCGAACUACAGACCUUCAGUUUACAAGACUGACGCUCUACCACUGAGCUAUGGAGGCUUUAUAGUUUUUAAACGGCCCUCCAGCUUACAAAGGAUUUCACACGUUUUCACUCGGGUGGGUUUAGAUAUAAGGUCCAAUCAACCCGGAUUCCGUAUUCCCCGUCUGGUUCCUGGUGGGUUUGGAUCUACGGUCCAAUCACACCAGGCAUUUUCCCUCUCUCUCGAUCACACUCGCAGUCUGAGCGGAAAGGGGAGUCGUCGUCGAAUCAAUGUCGUCAUCGUCGUCGUGGAAGGAGAAGGCGAUGGCCGUCCCUAACCUGCAAUCUCUAACCCUAGACCAGCUCAAGAUGGUCAAGGAGCAGGCGGACGUCGAGCUUUCCCUCCUCCAAGACUCCCUCACCAACAUCAGAACCGCUGCCUCCCGUCUCGAGUCUGCCGCCAACGCCCUCCGGGAUCUCUCGCUUCACCCUCCUGGGAAGAAGCUGCUGGUUCCUCUCACGGCGUCUCUGUACGUUCCGGGAACGCUUGACGAUGCUGAUAGAGUCCUUGUCGAUGUCGGUACUGGAUACUUCAUCGAGAAAACAAUGGCUGAGGGGAAAGAUUAUUGCGAUCGCAAGAUCAACAUGCUGCGGGUUAACUAUGAUGAACUAGUUGAGGUAGCAUCCAAGAAGAAGACCAUGGCUGAUGAAGCAGGAGCACUUUUGCAGGCAAAGCUAAAACAGGCUGCUUCAUCUUCAUGACAAGAGGGACAAAGCAUGUUUAUGGUUUCCUUUCCUGGUCCCUUCUUAUCUUCUUUAUUGCUAAGUUGCUCAUAGCUGGAGCUCGGGUUUUUGGUUUUUCUUUGUAUUUUUGGUUAGGCAGAAGUACAAACUCUUUCUUACACUUGACAAGUAAAAUUUAUUGGUGCGGUCUGUUGAGCUUUACAACAUCGAGUUUCAACACAAGUAAAUCUCAUGCUUGCCAAAACUUUUGCUGCUUGGAA